AUGUUUUGCAUCUCUAUUGGUAUUCGUUUCUUUUUUCAAACCUUUGCCUGCUUCUCCGUUGUCUCCAUGUCUCACUUUUUCUCUUACUCCCUCUUCGGCUUUGAGCCAACAAGAAUGGCUGGGCAGUUGAAGCGUGUGCAGAAGAUGUCUUACGCGACUGGUGAUGCACCCACAACCGUCCAUAACUCCUCACAGAGCAGCAGCGGUGUUGACUGCCAGUGUGAGGAGGAACUGCAGUCGGCGACGGAAUCGCCGGCUGUGUCGCAUUAUCCGUUAGGCUCGUGGGAGCGUCAUCUGUUGGAGGAGCGACUUCGGGCCAUGAAAGACUACGAGCGGGAACGAUUAUUGCAGGAGGAGCUAAAUAAAGAGUGCACCUUUCAGCCCCGCUUGGGUAUAUCACGCGGCUAUGAGAAUGAAGUACACGGGAAUUUUGCCUCCGCGGACUACAAACAACGACAUGUGCCUGUAUUUGAGCGUCUUACAAACCUUGCGAAGGAGCGUGAGGCCCGACUAGCGUUGAUUGCUGAAGAAAAAAAGCGGAGUGAAGAAGAAGCAUUGCAGCAUGCUUUUCGCCCACGGGUGAACUCCGUUCCCGAGCAGCAUGUGCCGUUUGCCUCAGAUCGGACGAGGAUUCCUGUAGAAGAGAGACUACUGCACUAUGGAAAGUCCGUUGAGCAGAGUCGUCGUCUGUUACAGCAACAGCGGCAGCAAAAGGAGAUGGAAGAAUUGCGUCAAAAGGCCACGGUCCGGCGCACCCACAGCAAUGUUUCAGGAGAGAAACCCCAAAGUGACAUUGCGAAGCGUUCUAAACGGCUUCUUAUAGAGCGUGAGACGCAGCGUGCGGUGGCGCAGCAAGCCCUGCUCAAGGAGCACAGCUUUUGUCCCAAGGUGUGUACCAUGUCUGACGCCAUUGAUCGUACGUUGAAGGCGAAUAAAAAUGUGCGUGAUCGGGGUUUGGCUCUCUAUGAGGAGGGUAUGCGCCGUCAACAGCAGCGUCAUGCAGAGACGGUGCAGAGACAAAUAAAAGAGUCUAACGGCUUGCACAAGCCUACCACCAACCCGCUUACGAAGAGCUGGAUUCACCAUGGACAACAUAGAGGCUUAUUCCAACAAGAUUUUAUUAGACGACAAAAGAUUUACCAGCGUGUAAAGGAGGAGCAUCAGCGAAACCUUGUCUCUGCUCUUGAACAGAGUGAACGAGCAGAGGUGCCGCGGGUCAGCCAGGAGAUGAUACAGCGACAGGUGGAGCGACUUUAUCUGGGUGCGCAGGAGAUUCGAGCAGAGGCAAAGAAACGCAUAGAAGAUAAUAUCAAGUCUCGCGAGUGCCCCUUCCGCCCUCAGUUAGCACCUGGAACCGCCUACGUUAUUGCCCGCACACAACGCGAAGAGGAUGUGGUGAAACGUCUCGCGUCUGCUCCCCGUGGUCGCUACGCUCGGCAUCACUCUUUUUUUGAGACGACGUCUGUAGAGGAAAAAGAAGAGGAUGGAGGGAGUCUCCCGCGCAAGUCCAAAUGUGUCCACCCUGAUGAGGCUGCCGAGUUUUAUGAUCGACAAAGGCAAGCCAUGGAGGAUCGAGAGAUGCAACUACGCGAGCAGAAACAGCGCUUAGCGAUGGAGGAGCUUUGCGCCUGUACAUUUCGUCCGCGGACGUGCACAGACGAGUACUUGCAUCGACGUCAAACACAAGCCACCCGUGAGGCGGCGCAGCAGCCUGUGGAAGCACGUGUGUCAGGGGUGUCGGCGUAUUUGCAACGCCAGUCCGAGGCGAGGCGGCGGCUCAGGGAGCAGGAGUCAAGGUACAACAACCUUGGGCGGGGCCUCCAGUGCAACGGAGGUAACAGCACCGUCAUUACGCCGUUUAACUUAUCUAGCGGACGUGGAACGCGUCUUCACAGGUUAAGUUCGAGCUGGGAUGAAUUGAAGACGAGCGGUGGAGAGGAAGAUGGUGGCCACUAUCAUGUCGAUCCCUGCAGCAAGAACGGAACUUUUAUGGCACUUCACGAGAAACUUGCAGAGACUUCUUCUAGGCCUCGUAUGCGAUGA